CUGGAGUAUGAGGAGUGAGGGGACUGGAUACUUCUUAUUUUUGGGUUUCCCUCCAUUUCCUUAGAAGUCAAGAGAACGAGUUGGAGUGUCUCGGUUAGCUUUGUUUUUUAUAUUUUUUUGGUCCGGUGGCAGCUGCUGUCUGGAAGAAGAGUCUUCCCAGCAGGGAGGCGGACAGAAGUCUUUGCGUGUGUGUGUGUGUGUGUGUGUGUGUGUGUGUGUGUGUGUGUAUGGGGCGGAGGGGGGGGGACUGCAAGCUGCCUUGGAGGCGACCGCCUAGCGCCGCUUGCUGGGGGUCUGACCUUUGCUUCUUCCGGGGGCGAUGCGAGCUGAGGACCCCCGCAGCUGCGCUUCAGUACCACGCACAGCCCCAGAGCUAGGGAGCAGGCGAGUGUGCUAGACCCUGAACAGAGAGGGAGUCCUGAAGUGACAUGGACAAGCUGAGACCAGGGGAGCGGAGCACCAGUCCAGAGCAGGAGGGUUGCCCCAUCUGAGGGGCUUAACCCCAGAGAAGGAGGAGAAAGAGGAGGAGCCCGAGGGUGCAGAAGCAACCACUCCCGCCCCACCGACGCUUACACCCAUCUCCCACACUGGGGCCGCGAGGAGGCGAGGAGACGGAAAAUCUCUGAAGCGCCCGCCCGGGCUCCUUCCAGCAGGCGCUGGGGAGAGCAUUUGCAAACAAGUGUCUGUCGCGGUCUACCCGAGGCCCACCCCCACUGGCGUCCCUUCCUCACUCCGGGGCUGGCUUUUAUGGGGCAAGCGGAAGACGUUCAGCCACUCGCCACACAAUCCGCGAGCAGCCGCUGCCGAGACCUUGUCCUCCCGCUCCUCCUAGUCCCAUAGUCCCAGCAACGCGGCGGCGGCUCAGGGUGUGGAGAAGUCCGCUUUGCAAACAGCUGGGCGGACUGGGGGCUCGCAGCUGGACCAGCGUCCGGGCAUUCGCAAGGAUCUAUACCGAGAAAAGCAACGUGGUUUUGUUUUGGAUUUUGUUCUCGUUUCCCUCCCCCACCGCCGGGAAGCUUCGGGGGUGGCUCGGGCUACCUCCCAUUUUCCAUCUCUUUCUCUCCGGGGAAGAGCUGCCGCCUGGAGAAUGGAUUAUAAUAAACCUGGCGAAGGGGAGAGGAGCAGCUAGUGAAGCUCUGUGCGCGCCCACCGCCGCUGUCCCUACAGUCGAGUUUAGAGCCCGCCACCCUAGACAUCCCCCAGCAGGGGUCAUCUGGAAGAGGGCUUAAAAAUCAACUACCAGAGCCGAGAAAGGGGCGCGGAGAGGAGAGCGAGUGCAUUGUGCUGUGUGCUGUGUGCUGUGUGCUGUGUGCUGUGUGCUGUGUGCUGUGUGCUGUGUGUGUGUGUGUGUGUGUGUGUGUGUGUGUGUGUUGGUGUAUGUGAGCGCGCAUGUUGUGUGUAUGGAGGAGGGUGUCAUUUUUUCUCCCUCACUGGGCUUAAUUUCAUGACCCCUCCAACACGUGAUAGAAUUGAUUAAUAAUAGUGGGGUGGUGGGGAAUUCCUUCCCUGAGGAACCUUUCUACUAUGACAGCCUUGGUCUUCAAAGGGUUAACUUGGGCUACUUGGCAAAGUUAUCACUGGAACGGUAACCUAUUUGGGGAGUUUUAAUUCGAGCUUCUGCCGGUGGCCAAGGGGCUCUAGAGAGUGGGGUUGUCUCCAUUAAGUGGUUUGUGCUUUUUUGGGGGGCGGGGUGGGGAGUUCGACCCCCCCCAAUUGUCUACCCUCUUUGAUGACUCCUGGAGGCGGUGGGCCCAUGAAAGACUGCGAGUACAGUCAGAUCAGCACUCACAGCUCCUCUCCCAUGGAGUCUCCCCAUAAGAAAAAGAAAACCGCGGCCAGGAGGAAAUGGGAGGUUUUCCCAGGGAGAAACAAAUUCUUUUGUAACGGGAGGAUCAUGAUGGCUCGGCAGACCGGCGUCUUCUACCUGACCCUCGUCCUCAUCUUGGUCACCAGCGGACUCUUCUUCGCAUUCGACUGUCCGUAUUUAGCCGUGAAAAUCACUCCAGCUAUCCCUGUGGUUGGUGGGAUCCUAUUCUUCUUCGUGAUGGGUACCCUGCUUCGAACCAGCUUCAGUGACCCUGGAGUCCUUCCUCGAGCAACGCCGGAUGAAGCUGCUGACCUGGAAAGGCAAAUAGGUAACGCUGAAGAUAUAGCAAAUGGUGCCAGUUCAGGGGGGUACCGCCCACCUCCCCGAACAAGAGAAGUCAUCAUCAAUGGCCAGACGGUGAAACUUAAAUAUUGUUUCACCUGCAAGAUUUUUCGUCCUCCUCGUGCCUCUCAUUGCAGCCUUUGUGAUAACUGCGUAGAACGGUUUGAUCAUCACUGUCCCUGGGUAGGCAACUGUGUGGGGAAAAGAAACUACAGAUUUUUUUAUAUGUUUAUUUUAUCUCUGUCUUUUCUGACAGUCUUUAUAUUUGCAUUCGUUAUCACCCACGUCAUUCUUCGUUCCCAGCAAACAGGUUUUCUAAAUGCUCUCAAGGACAGUCCUGCAAGUGUGCUGGAAGCCGUGGUGUGUUUCUUUUCUGUUUGGUCUAUUGUUGGUCUCUCAGGUUUCCACACAUAUUUGAUCAGCUCCAAUCAAACUACAAAUGAAGAUAUUAAAGGAUCUUGGUCAAAUAAAAGAGGUAAAGAAAAUUAUAAUCCCUACAGCUAUGGAAACAUCAUUACAAAUUGUUGUGCUGCCCUCUGUGGGCCUAUCUCUCCAAGCCUAAUUGAUAGAAGAGGAUUCAUCCAGCCGGACACACCACAGCCAGCAGCACCAACGAAUGGAAUCACAAUGUAUGGGGCUACACAUUCUCAGAGCAACAUGUGUGACCAGGAUCAGUGCAUUCAGAGCACCAAAUUCGUUUUGCAGGCUGCAGCUACACCGUUGCUCCAGAGCGAACCAAGCCUAACCAGUGAGGAGCUCCCUCUUCCAGGAAAGACCACAUUGGGCACUCCCUGUGCUACCUUGUCCCUGGGACAGCCAACGCCACCCUCCUCCAUGCCCAAUCUCACAUCAGAAACUAUUCUGACAGAUAUGAUACCAUUGAAAGAGGAACACAAUGGCCAUCAGUUCCUUACACCAGAGGAAGCCCCUUCGCCCCCUGGUAUGUUGUCAACAGGCAGUCCUGUCACACAUAGUCACACCCUGCAUGUCCUAAGCUUGGCCAGCCAAGACUCAUUGCAUGAAGACUCAGUGCGUGGCCUUGUAAAGCUCAGCUCAGUCUGACCCAUGUGGACCGUCAGCACAGGGGGAGGCGCAGUGCACUUUUCCAAGAACUUUGCUACUCUCAAGACCAGGUGUGGAAGCCAACAAGAGAGAUCUUCCCAGCACUCAACCUUCUAAUUCCAUUAUGGCCUCAGUGAUGGGGACACCCUGUUGUGGGUUAAAUGACCAUCUAUAAAGUAGAUGAAUCGAUUUCAGGGGAUAUUUGGGGGCAGGUCCUAAAGCUCAUAAUUUUGUCUUAUUUGACUUUUCUUCCCUUUCCCCAAUUCUUCCUCCCUUCCACCCUUAAUAAAAACUGAAAUUGAUACCAACAGUCCAGUUUUCUGAAGCCUUGGGCAAUGAGAAUUUCCCAGCAGUUGGAGUCACAUUUCUGAAUCUUUAUUCCAGUAGAAGAAAGAUCUUGGGAUAUAAAUGCCAUACUCUGUGUUCUCUGUUGUUGUAAUACACACUGGUUAAGGGUUUAUGAUACUUUGUGGCCAGAUUGAAAUGCACUUAAGUGUUAUACUACUAAUAUUUGAAUUAGACAAUUUCCAUUCUGUUUAUUAAUUUAAAAAAAAUUAAAAGAAAAAGAAGAAAAAAAAAAAAAGACCAGCUGUGGAUUUACAUGCCACACUGUAGUAUGUGUUACAGUGGUGUUGGUAUCAAUAAGAAGUGCUGCAUUUUUUUUUAAAGUUAUGACUUUCCAAGUUCAGUUUCACUGAAGGACAAUUAUCAACUGAAACCAAUGGACAAUAUUAUUAUUUUUCAACCAUUCAACUCUAUUAUCUGUGGAUAGGUGGUACCUACAAUACCCUGGGUUUUAUCACAUUACUUAUCAUUUAAUCUUCUGUUAAAUAUUUAAAUUAGGUAUUGUAUUGUGCCAUGCCUGCAGGGGCAGUUCCCCAUGGGUGAGAUUUUCAGUGGACAUCCAAUAAAAAUGCCAUCCUUCAUUCUCUGGAUCUGCGUACAAUUAUCCUUAUAAAGUCUAAAGGACAAAACCAUCUGGAGGACCAGCAGAGGGUUUGUGGUUGUUGAGGUAGAUUGGCAGGGAAUAAGCCUGGAUACACCAUGAAUCAGAUCAAUGAAUAGUAUCAUAACACUGGGAGGAUUUCUUUGGUAGGAAGGUGACUUUCUGUCCCAUUUCUAGGAGGGAUUGUCUCAUUAUUUAGGGAUUUGACUUGUGUUUGCAUUCUGUAAAGUUCAAUGCCGCUGUAAACAGAAGAUAAAGGAGUCACUCAAAUAGGAGAUUGACUGACUCUUCUCCAUUCUGUGUGCUGAGGGCAAAGGAAAGAGACCAGGGAACCUGUUAGAGGUGUCAAAGAGUUAGUCAAAGGAACCCGUAGGAAGUAUGUGCUGAGAUCCUGAGAGAUCAUUCCUCUUAACUAGGCCAGUCAUCAGAAUAGGAUUAGGAAAAUUACCAACUCAUCCCUUUCGAUUUAUAACUGGGGGCAGGGAAUGGGGAGGACAUUGGAUUUUGUAUAAGGAAUAAUUCAACUCAGGGGCAAUUGCAGGGGACCCAACUUGUUAUGGAAAACUGUGCCAUGUACUUUACUUGCCUUCCUCUUCAGAUGAUAAUGCCUGCAAUGAUUUCUUCUCAGGACAAAUUAAAUUCUGCAAGCUCAAAAUAAUGCUCUCUGUCCAUAUGACUGGCUAAAAGACAAGCUGCAUUUAUUAUUGAUCAAGAAGCCCAGACACUUUGAAUUAAUUGGAUAAGGCCAUUUCCCUGGAUAAGGCCAUUUCCCCGAAUAAAAGGUGGGAGGAACAUGACCAUCUUGUUUGAAGAAAAAGAAAAAAGAAGCACAAUUUGGAUCCUGGAAACAAAGCCAUCUCUGCUGGCACUGAAGCCACACCCAGAUCUCUCCUCUUCUUGUGACUUUACAAUAUGUGAUUUCUCCCACUCUGAGAAUUGUGAUUCUGUGUUUGCUGGUGAUUCCCAGACCCCAUCUCACCACUCUUAACUCCUUACACUGGAACAUGUAGAAAACAGAAAAGAGAAAUCACAAGAGCAGUUUCUGGUUUCCUAGAUCUCCUGACCACUCCCUCCUGAUUAUAAUUCUUCAUUCACACUAGAAACUCACGGACCUGUCUUUGGAAGAAUAAGGAAAAAUUUGGAAGCAAUUUCAAAGCAGUGCCAAAGUGUAAUGGGGCUGCCUUGGGAGACAGCAAUCUCCCCAUCAACAGAGGUAUUCAGGCUCAAUGAAUAUUGGUUGGGGAAGAGUUUCUCAUAGAGGCACAGGUUGCAAGAGACAGCCUGUAACAUCCAUUGCUCUGUUGAGAUUCUGUGAUUCUGAAUCACCCAUAAACAAAAGAGGCCAGAUCUAUCCCACGGUGGCAUAAUUUCAUGAGAAUUUGCACAAAUACUUAAGCCUGCCCAUCACCCCGUUCUCUCUUUGUGAAGAAGUAAAAAACAAAACAAACCAACAAAAAAAAACAAUGUGCCUUUUUGAUGUGGUUCCCAGAAACAGGUGAGAGUACAAAGACAGCAUGAUAAAGAAGCAGCUUGACAUCAUGGACAGAUCCUUGGCUCUAGAGUAAGGAAGAUCUUAGUUCAAAUCCUGCCUCAGACUUUACUAGCUGUGUGGACCUAGACAAGUCAUUCAACCUCUCUCAGCCUCGGUUUUCUCAUCUGCAAAAUGAGGGUAAUAUAAUAACACCUACCUCACAGGGUUGUUGUGAGGAUCAAAUGAGAUAAUAUACGUAAAGUGCUCUGAAAUGUUUACGACAUGAUAGAAAUGUUAACUCUCAAGGAAUGGAAAGAAUUCUGAGCUAGCAUCAGGGAGGCCUGAGUUACGGUGUGUAAUGACCAGUAGGUCAGUUUUACUUCCCUAACCUUCAUUUUCCACACCUAGACUAGAUUAUUUCUAAGAUUCCUGCCAGUCUUUAUGUUCAAGUGCUCUAUGAUUUUUCUGGGGCCAAGAUACCCCACCUUAUUAGGAGAGUCCCUGCAGAAUAACCAUGAAUCCUUAUCUUCAUGUAUGAUGAGUGUUCUUAUAAUGCCUUUUUUUCUCCUCCUCUAUCCUCAUCCUUCACCCCUACCUUCUCCACUAACCAACCACUACAUUAUUUAUCAAACUCUGCUUUCAAAGUGAGCAUGGCUGUUCAGGAUUUACUAUGCUAUUAAAACUUGGACCAUUAUCGAAAGAGCCAUUUCUCCAGGGGAAGUGAAUUUAGUUCAUGCAGUCAGCCUCAAGGGAUAGUGCCUCCCCACCCCUGCACUGUGGUUAAGAGGAGAAGUGAGGGCCUGAGGAUUAAAUGCAUCUGUGUUUACACUGGCUCUCCCCCUUCCUAUUGGUUCCAAGGGUUGGUUUCAGGAAGCCUGAAUGUCCUUCACCAUCCCGGGGUGACAUGACCUAGUCUAUAUUUUUAGCUAUUUGAGUAAUUCAAGCAAGCUAUAAUCGAAUAUGUUUUGAUAUUUUGCAAACUGCCAGUGUCAUGGAUUGAUUGUUCACUAGGAACCAGUGGAGUAAGAUAAAUAUUUUACUAUGCUACUAAAACUUAGACCAUUAUCUCAUGCACUUAAAAGCUUUAUCAUUUAAAGACUCAUCUGCUUUCAGUUUUCCCAGGAAAGCUGGGGCAAGAUAUAUGCUGCCCAGUCUCUUUGUUAGGAUGGCUGAGUUUCAUUCAGUUACCCUUGGCUUCUGGGAAGGAGGGUUGCCAAUAGCAUCAGCAGAUCUGUAGACAGUCUGUGCGUGAGAGAGCUCAGUGACAAGGCACUCUGGGGCCCCGGGAAUUUGCUGUCAUUCUGUCCUGCAACCAAGCUAAAAUAUGACAGUUUCCUUUUUUUUUGGUCUAGCCUAUAAGAAUGAUGCAACAUCCUCCCUGGAAUCUUCUAUUUUGGACAAUUCCAGUGCCCCCAAGGGCCUAUUUCUAAUCCCACAGUAGCAGACCAUGGCCAAUUAUAGAGCCUCACUUCAUUGUUUUCUUGCCCUGUUGUUUUUAUGAUUGGCUUAUCAGGGUUAAAAAUGGAAACUAAAUAUUAUUUUGCUUUCCAUUUUGUAAUCUCAUCCCAGACCCUGAGGUUUUCAUUGUUGUUCUUUCCCUCUCCCUCCCUAUCCCUUAUGUAUUUGGUUGUUAUUUAGGAGUCACGUAGUAUUGUUGAAACAACACUGGAUUUGAAAUCAGAAGAAAAGAUUUGAAGCCCACCUAUGCUCCUUAUAACCCCUAAGACCUUGGGCCAAUCACUUGUCUUCAGUGAGUUGUAGUUUCCCCAUCUGUAAAAUGAAAUUAAAUCAGAUGCUCUCAAGGUUCCUCCCAGUUCUAAAUCCUAGGAUCCAUUGCUUGCCCCUUCUCCUAGCUCCCAACCAAAUGAAAACCAACCCCCACACUUCACUGUGUUGCAUUACGUCUCCUUGGCAUUGUUGCCUUGUGAGGACAUCUACUGGAAAAUGCAGAGAAUUUUUUGAAAGCUUUGCGAUUCAGUGGCUCCUGAAGGGACUGCACUUGGUCCAGCUAGCAGAAGAAGAGCCCAUGCUGUCCUCAUCACCUUCCACCUUCACAGACUGUCUCCUGGGAGCAAAAGCUUUCCAUGGACUCUAGUUCUCCCUUCUAGAAUUUGUUCCAUAACUACUGCUCCUCCUUUGCAGGGGUGGGGGGAGGGGGAGGAGGGAUUAAUUUGUGUGUGUGUGUGUGUGUGUGUGUGUGUGUGUGUGUGUGUGUGUGUGUGUGUGUGUGUGUGUGUGUGUGUGAGAGAGAGAGAGAGAGAAGUGAUGUGUCCUCAUGGCUGCCUGGUAAGGUAUCAAGAAUUUGGUUUAAAUCGUCUUAUUUUUCAUGAUAGUUUUGAGGAGACACCAAUGUACAAAUUAUUUUAUAGGGCAGGAGGGCUUGGGGGGAGAAAAGGGAUGGAGUGGGAAGCAAAAAAAAAAAAGAGAAAAGAGGAACAAGUUUUGAAUAUUGUUGCCUUAUGACUAUUUUGAAGCUGAGCCUAAAUAAAAAUAAUGUUUACAGUUCUCUUCAUCAAAUAUCUAGGAGCCUGUGGAAAUCUAAUGUUUUCUUAUCCAAAAAGGAAAGGCUUUAAAAUACAUUACCUGCUGCUCCACCCCUAUCUAUGUGUAUAAAAUUUUAUAUCCUCUCUAAUUGUAUUCUACUGGGUGCUUUCCAUAUUGCUUCCUGAAAGACUGCCGCUAACUUGUUUCUUUUUUUAAAAAAACUUGUUUCUUUAAAAUAUGUCCCUUUCCAUCUUUUAAAAUGAGUUAUCAUUAAUAGAUUAGAUUAGUUUCAACAUUGUUCUCAUUGUAAUCACAAAUGUCCAAGACCAUUACAUUUUUGUAAAUCAGUGAAUCUUCUAGCAACUUGCCCAUUGUACACGGUCCUGAUAAUGCAACCAAGAUGGAUUUCCAAAUACAAGUGGUUACUACAUUAAUUCAGCCAUUAAAAAUAAUUGUGUAGAUAUAAGAUUAGAUUGUUUCUGGAGCAACUGAAUUUGCAGCUGCCACAAUGAGAUGAAUGACUUCAACUGGAAUUAUUUUCAGAUCUCAUAAACCCCAGGAAUUAUAUGCAGAAUGAGUUGGGGAGCAGAUGGACAUUUUGCGCUACUGUGAAGUUGGGUUUUUUUUCCUUCCAUCAAUUGUUACAUUUUUAAAAAAAGAAAUGUGGUAUUGAUUUAUGGAGUUCUGAAUCAAUGAUUGUCUUAAUUGUCCUUGAUAUCUUAACAUGCACAGUUAAACUGAAAGGCCAUAUGGUCCAUCCAAUGAAAUUUGCUUUGCCCUGUUCUGUGUGAGUGGAGAUUGUUUUAGCCUAUGGUGGAAUAUGACUUUGAAGCUCUGAUGCCCUUGUUCUUGGAAACAGUUUUGGUUUGUGCUUUAUUCUAAUUUAGCAUUCUGGUAUACCCCCCCAAAUAAAAACUCUUGGUAUAUUCAAGGCUCUGAAGCUGAACAACAACAGCCAUGUGGGCCAUGCCAGUGUGUAUUUUCAGAGAUGUGUAUGCCUAUCUAAGUGCCUCUUUGAUGUUUUAAUCAAUGCUUGCAUAAUUGAUUUUUUUAAACCCACUGAACUGAAUUAAGACAACAUUUUUCCUGCCUCAAUAAAAGCUGUUCAUG